AUGCCAGCGAUGAAAAUCCUCAUCACUGGCGCGGGGAUCGCCGGCACAGCGCUGGCCUUCUGGCUCUCGAAACUCGGCCACAACGUCACUGUGAUCGAACGCGCUUCUUCACUGCGCGCAAGCGGAUUGCAAGUCGACCUCCGUGGCCCUGGCAUCCAAGUGCUUCGCCGGAUGAAGCUAGAAGAAACAUUCCGCCAGCACGCUGUCGCGGAACAGGGGCUUCAACUCGUGGAUCGAAGAGGCCGAAGAUGGGGGUACUUUGGCGCAAAUAGGUCGGGGAAGGGGCUGCAGAGCUUCACGACUGACUUCGAGAUCAUGCGGGGCGAUUUGUGCCGGAUGCUGGUUGGGGCUUGCGGGGAUCAGGCGAGGUUUGCGUUUGGAGUGCAUGCUGUCAAGGUUACGGAGGCCGACGAGGGUGUUGAUGUGGUCUUUUCGGAUGGGGUUGCGGACCGGUUUGAUCUCGUGGUUGGGGCUGACGGGGUAGGGUCUCGAAUGAGGAGGAUGAUGCUUGGUGUUGGGGAGGGCAGCGAAGAGAACCCGGGGCAUCAUUCUAUUGGAGUGUACGGGGGCUAUUGCACUAUUCCGCAGGAGGUUCAGGAGGGCGAGGAGUAUAAUGCCACUGCAUUUAUUGCACCAGGAAAUCGUGGUAUCAUGAUCCGGCGGCAUGAUCCGCACAGGGUACAGGCAUACGUGUUCUGCAACCCGCGAUCGUCAGAGCGCUUGCUGAACUCGACUAGAGGAGACAUUGAGGAGGAAAAGAGAGCUCUGGCAGAGGUAUUCCGGAACGCAGGUUGGAAGUGUGAGGAAAUCUUGCAAGCGCUUGUUGCAUCCGACGAUUUUUAUUGCGAACGGAUGGGGAUCGUCAGAUUGAACGCUUGGUCUCGCGGCCGUAUUGCACUGGUUGGAGAUGCAGCGUACUGUCCGUCGGCAAUGACUGGAAUGGGGACACCGUGUGCCUUGACCGGCGCGUACAUCCUUGCCGGAGAAAUUGGGAGGCAUUGCGGAGCAAUUGCCUCCACGGAGAACGUCACGGCUGCAUUGGAGGCGUACGACCGGAAAUUCAGGCCCUUUGUGGACCAGGUCCAGAAGGGACUGACAGACACGGAUAAUUAUAUGGACAAAUUCCCGGCUUCGCCCCUUGGUGUCAGUGUGAUCUACCUUGUUUUCUGGCUUGCCUCGCUGCUGAGAUUGGAUAUCAUUGCGCAAUGGGUCUUGCGAGAAAAAACAAAUAGCUGGGAGCUGCCGGAGUACCCCGAGAUGGAUACCUUGUGA